AUCAGAUGUUUGGCGUGAACAAGAAUUGCGAUAAGUAAAAGUACAUUUUUCAUGUAGUGAAAAUAAAUUUUUAAUUAUUAAAAAAUAUACAUUUUCGCAAUCAACGAAAGUAACAUGUCCGCCACUCCCGAUGGUCAAUCGUCUAAAAUUAAGUACACUGGUGAUGCACCGAAGUUGGGCAAAGCGCAACUUGAGUUUAUGAAAAUCAUCGAGCAGCAGAAUUUGGUGCGUGUUGAAAAAUUGCAGCGCUUGCGAAGAAAUAAUCUUAUCACGGCCGGUGUGCUAGGAGCAUCUGUAUUGGGCAUAUACGCCUACUCAAUACUAUCAGUGCGGCAAGAGGAUUUUCUGGAUGAUUUUGAAGAACCUAAAAAGAUUUCUAAACAGUAAAC